GGGGACUUGGCAGCCUUUAUCACCUUUUCAACCUCAUGCCUCGCAACCUCUCCAAGUCUCGCCACGUCCCCAUCCAGCUUCGAAAGUUGAGCAACUUUUGGGUUCCUUGAGAACGGAUGCGACCAUUACCCUGAUGAGGGGGCUUUGCGCAAGUCACGAACAACCACGUGGUCCAAGAACGAUACGGCUUUCUUGCAGGGUAAGAUCAGCCGAUGUUAUACGUGGAGGGGAGCAAAUUGCUCUUUUCUUCCAUCUUCCUGCAUGAAAGCGAGUCCCGGUUGAAGGAAGAAACCCAAAAGCCCGCGGAAAUUGUGAUGAAAACGUCGCCUCUUGAUCAGACACCAUCAUCAUGAGCAUCAAGGGCGGAGACCAGCCUCGACGGCCACUGGGUCUUCUUGACCUCCCAGCAGAGGUCCGACAUCAGAUCUAUGCGCACCUAUUUUGCCACAAACCCUCGCCUAUCACAUUGGGCUUCCACGACUUCUUCACAAAGUGGGCGGCGACGUGGUCGCCGUUCGAAGGCGAGCAAGAAGCGCCGCACGAGCCGACCUUUCACACGGCCCUGUUUCGCGUGAACAAGGCCAUCUCCCGCGACGCGCUUCAGUUUGCGUACGGCGCCAACUCGUUCCGCUCCGACAAGGACAUCCAGACGUUUUGCGCCCUCGGUCCCGUCGCGCUCGCCUCGAUCAAGACCCUGCGCGUCUACAGGAACGCCUGGCUGAACAGCUCGUACGCCACCUCCUUCUGGCGGACCUUGGACCAACGCUGUCCCGGCCUCGAGCUUCUCGUCGUCGAGGCCGCAUCCCACAUCUUGUUGGCGGCCAUUCCCUACCUCAACGACUUCAUGGCCUCCAUCCCCCGAGGCCAGCGCAAACCCAAGCUGGUCCUCGAUCUCAACGUCUGGGACCGGCAUUUUUCCUUCGACUUCCCAGACCGCGACUACCAGAGCGCCUUGCAGGAUUUGCGACGCAACAUGUUGGAGAGUGACUGGAAGGAGUUUUUGGAUCCUUACAUUUACGUGAUGCGCAUGCCGAGGCAUGUCCAAGAAAUCCGGUUCGCCUUGGAUCUCGGGCCCGGGGCGCUCAGAGCUCUGGAAGAGGUUCUGAGGCAAUCCACCGACCUUUGCUUUGUCGAAGCCGACCAAGCCUCGUCAAGCACUGGCGGCCACCUUGCAGGUCGUGGAAAAUACCGCUGCUUGGUCUGGAAAGAAACCGGUGAAUAGUUGGGACGCGUCGCCCGCUUUUUCUCGUUGAAUCAUUCUCAACUCAGGUGUUCUUCGCUACCGUGGGAAAGAGGGAAUGAAGUCGUGGCACAUCUGAUCAUGGGAUCCUGCGUCAGGAACUAUGUGUGAUUCAUGCCAGCAGCACAUGCCUUAGGGCAAGAAACACCAUCCACAUCAAGAGACGAGCGUGGUUGAUACACCGAGGACUCCGGAACCCGCCUGGCAUACUUGUAAGCAUUGAUGGGUCGCCGGUGGCACCGUGCCUGGCCUGGUAUAUGUGGCUUUGGACGGGGAAGCACUCCCGAGCACAAUAUGCUUUGGAAGCAAACAACUAAUAAUGCACGAGCACUCCGUACAGUGCAGGCCGGUUGAAUUAUGACUAUCUAGAAUCUAAUGUUGAUGGUGUAGCUUUCACCAUCUGCCAACGCCCUCGAGACCAAGAGACGCCUCGCCAGUUGAGGCUGCCUGUUGCUCUGGUCGGAAACUUCGCACCUCUAGUGAGCAGGGCUUUGCAACACCCCGACCCAGUUGCCAAGGCGGCAGGAAAGAAAUUGACGGCCGCUCAACGUGUGAAGUUGUGGGUAUCAGCGUCUGCUUCGGUCACUCAGCGAUCCGGGCCCAGACUGCCGUAAGGCUGAGAUGUGGCCGAAAGGUCGGAGCGAGCUCUGGUCGAGGCUGUGGCGCUCGGAUGCCAGGAUUUCUCGCCUCCUCGUCGGUACUUUUCUUGCGGGUAACCGGGGUCGGGGAAAUAGCUCGAGUCAAAAAAAAAGGGGCGCCGGUCGGAAGCCCACCAGCAACACUUCAGCCCUCGCAAGUUGAGGUUAGACUCAGAAGCCACCAGGAGCAUAAGGUUUGUGGCAGAGACGUGACGUGACGAUCGCGACUGUGUUUACGUCCGACGUCUCGACCUCAUGCCUCGAAGAGCGACGAUCAAGCUUUCCCCGGCACCGAUUCUAGCAAACAUCCAGCGUCCCUUCUGCGUGGGUGGUGAGAAUGGGCUAGUCGACAUUUCCCGCACAAUUGGAAUGGAACUAUCAGCUCGACCCAUGGGCCUGGCGUCUGCACCCUUUGGAUUGCAUCGAGACAUCAAGGGACAGCUCAGAAAAGGGAUCGCAGAAAUAAAGCCCGAUACGUCAGAACCAGGAGUCGGGCACUUUGGCAAUGCCAUGUGCAACAUUUGCAGCUCUUGCCGUGAAACCGAUCCACUUUCCUCCUGUCCGCGACAGAGUUGCUGUUCGUGAAGCCGCAUGCAGAUUCCCGAAACAUGUAGUUGAUGAGCAUUGGUCUUUGACUUCUGGCAGAAAAAGCCGAGAUUGCAAGACUCCAGUGAUAGUCGCCUCAGCCCUGAAAGCUUCAGGCGCAGUGAGGCAAUAGGGGCUGACGAAUGCUUAGGCUCCACUCAUAGUCCGCACAUAGAUCUAUUGAUUGCAAGAUCCAGAAAAC